UUUGUCGCGGAACUGGUUCAGAGAGGUGCUGUACGUCUCCAUCAUGUCGGACAAUCGGCGAGACCUCCGAAAUCCUCAAAUUAUGUAAAAAUGGAUAAGCUGCAUAUUCAGUGUAUAAUGUGAAAGCGAUAAUUAUGAUAUUGAUGUAAAAAUGGGGAACUGUUUGUGCCCAGAUAACUCCAAUCUUAACAAUUCGGCCGCUCAGCCCGCGUCAAAUGUCCAGCCUCCUCAGCUGAAACCACCAGAGCCAAAUGGAGCAAUUGUUUCUCCAAAUCAAGUGACGAUAACAACACCUCCACAGCCGGCUAGUCCUGUGAUUAAUCCACUAACAGUUCUUCCGCAGUCCGGCCCUACUCCUGAGUCGACCCCCUCCACAGUCAAAACAUUUGUAGCUCUUUAUGAUUAUGAUGCGAGAACCGAUGAAGAUCUCAGCUUUCGUAAAGGAGAGCAUUUAGAGAUAAUAAAUGACACACAAGGUGACUGGUGGCUUGCUAGGUCAAGGACAACCAAAAAUGAAGGCUACAUACCAUCCAACUAUGUAGCUAAACUUAAGAGUUUAGAAUCAGAACCGUGGUAUUUUGGUAAGAUUAAGCGAGUUGAAGCUGAAAAGAAGUUGUUAUCUGUAGAGAAUGAACAUGGUGCUUACCUUAUCAGAGACAGUGAAAGCAGGCGCAAUGACUAUUCUCUUUCUGUGAGAGAUGGAGACACAGUGAAGCACUACAGAAUUCGACAGCUGGAUGAGGGAGGGUUCUUCAUUGCUCGUCGUGUCACCUUCCGAACUCUGUCGGAGCUAGUGGAUCACUAUAACUUGGAGGCUGACGGACUAUGUGUUAACCUUCGCAGGCCCUGUACUCAGAUAGAAAAACCACAGACAAUAGGAUUGUCUUAUAACACCAAAGACCAAUGGGAGAUCCCCAAGUCCUCACUGAAACUGCUGAGAAACAUUGGGCAUGGUCAGUUUGGAGAGGUAUGGGAGGGUCUGUGGAACAGCACCACCCCUGUUGCCAUCAAAACUCUGAAACCAGGAACAAUGGAUCCUAAGGAUUUCCUGGCAGAAGCACAGAUAAUGAAGAAGCUGAGACAUCCCAAAUUGAUCCAGUUGUAUGCAGUGUGUACACAAGAUGAGCCUAUCUACAUCAUCACUGAACUGAUGCGGCAUGGUAGCUUACUGGAAUACUUACAGGGUAAGGGCAGGACUCUGAAGCUGCCACAGUUGAUUGAUGUGGCUGCUCAGAUUGCUAGUGGUAUGGCGUAUUUGGAAUCACAGAACUACAUCCACCGUGACCUGGCUGCCCGUAAUAUACUCGUAUCCGACAACAACACUGUCAAAAUAGCCGACUUUGGAUUAGCCAGAGUUAUAAAGGAGGAUGAAUAUGAAGCAAGAGUGGGUGCCAGGUUCCCGAUCAAAUGGACAGCACCUGAAGCUGCCAACUACAACCGCUUCACCAUUAAGUCAGAUGUGUGGUCAUUCGGAAUCCUCCUGACAGAAAUUGUUACUUAUGGAAGAAUACCAUAUCCAGGUAUGACCAAUGCCGAAGUCCUUCACCAAGUAGAACAUGGCUACAGAAUGCCCUGUCCCCCGAACUGUCCCAAGCCUCUGUACGAUAUCAUGCUGGAGUGUUGGAGGAAGGAGGAGAUGGAGAGACCCACUUUUGAGACCUUGCAGUGGAAGCUGGAGGAGUUCUUCACCAUAGAGGGCUCCGACUACAAGGAAGCGGCCAGUGUCAGAUAAAGUCCCACUACUCACGUACAGGAAUCUAUUGCUGCCUGACUCUUUUUUGUGCUCACUGUUGACGUUGACUUGAGGGGUUGUCGAGGAGGACUCUGACAGAGCCACGGAUUCACCGAGUCCAUGACCAAGUGGAACACAUUGCUGUAUUAUCUGCUCAUUAGCUUUUAUUUAGUGCAAUCGAUGAAGCAAAGCUUUUGUACAGGUUGUAGUUUAAGUUUCAGAGCUGCUUCAAGAGUGAUGUUUUUAAAAAGAAAUCUUUUUAUCUAGUCAAUAUGAUUCAGGUUUAGAGCAAAAAUGUGUAUGCCUUUUCAGAACAGAGGUAGAAACAGCAAUAUUCCUGGUUGUUCAUCAUUCAAGGGGCAGUAUUAUAACAUAUUAUGACUACUAUCAAGAUUGUUUUAAAAAGUUUAACAAGAUUUUAUAAAUACCCAGUAUAUAUAUAUGCAUGUAUAUAAAAAUGAUUAUGGAAAUAACUUUGCAUAAUUUAAAAAAAUUAUUUCAAUAGAAUAUCAUGAAUAAUUAUAUAUUUGAAAUGUAUGGCAUAUAUUUUGGACCGAGUACCAGCAAGAAUAAGUCGUAAACAUGAUUCUAUUUGUAUUUGAUGUUGUAUUUUUUAGAUGCUUUAUUUGCAUUAACCAACUCAACAAACAUACCUUAGGUUGUGAGAGAAAUUUUCAGUAGGUUGUAUUUUAAUCAUAUAAAACAAGGAAUGGUGCCAAAAAAGUUUCUUAAUACACUGUACUUUGUUUAACUUAUCUCCACUGAUUCAAUUUCUGAAACAUAGUUCAGUGCCCCUACACUUAAUAUCAUAUUAGAGUAUCAUUAUUGUAGAAUAUCAGUAUCGGUUCAUUUCUAACACAAAGGUUGUCUUAAGGUUCAAGUGUAACAGAGAAAGGUUGUCUUAAGGUUUAUGUUUAGCCAAGAGAAAGUUUGGUGGAGUCUAUGACCACAAACUAGUUUGGAACUUGAUCAAUAUCCUCAUGGUCCUUCCAUGGAGUUAAGAAGAAAUUGUAACCAAAUGCAUUUUUUUCAUAACAUCACAUCGGAUUUGCAAUGAUCAUCGCACUUGUAUACUGAUUAUAAUCCAUGAAUUUUCAGUUCAUACUUUUUCUGUUUAGAAGGUGCAAUGCAUGAUAUGUAUUGUGUGAAUAAGUAAGAGCAUUAUUGUUACCCAAUGUGUGAACCAUUCAGAACAGUUUGUAAAAUGCACAACUCAGCAGGUGCAACCCCAGGAACAAUUUUAAAAUGUAUGUACAUUGUGUCAUUUUUAUGAAAUAAGGUUGUACUCUUUUAAGCAGUUACUUAGUUGUAUUUUUUAGUGUACCACUGCAUCCUUGGUAGACCAGCUGUCUGUACCCAUUCAUGUGCUAAGGACCAGUUAUCUCCCCUUUCUGCCUCUGUUAUUAACACGUCAGUGCUCUGUAGUCUGUCACAUUUGUCAUUAUUAAUUGUCAUGUGAAGUAUAUAUUGUCAUCAAAUAAAAAAAUACUAAUUAAAAAA